UUCUGGUGCGUGACUUCGUGAAAUCUCGCGUUGAAACGUCGUAACCACGGCAACGGUGGAUAAACAACUAUGGCGRCUGCCGGAGAGGAAGAAAACGCGGACCGUGGCGGCGAAGAUGAUCGYACAUGUGAAGAGGAGCGGAGUCUAACAGAAGGAGAAAAGGACUCGGACACGGCGGUCCAGAACCGAGCAGAACCCGAAACCGGAGCCGCUCAGGGGUCCGGUCAUCAGCGACCGCCGGUCGUUGAGUUUUUCCUCAACUAUCUGUUUGAAAACAACAUGACAGAAACGCUCCUCUGCUUUGAAACGGAGUGGCGUGAGWUGGAGCAGAAAGAGCUGCUGGACGCCCGGCGGGUCGAGCCGGUACCGGACGUGUACGUUGAAAACCAGCGCCUGCGCGGCGAGCUGAGAAGCGCUCUGCGGGRGAGGGAGGAGUGCAGGAAGGCGGCUUCUGUCGCGGCGGGGAUGCUGGCCCGGGUCCGGAGGGACCGGGACCUGUACCGGAACAAGCACAAGCAGGGUCUCUGGGACCUGAAAGGACUGAAGAAGGAGGUGAAAAGACUCAAAGAGGAAUGUGACGUUUAUGGAGAGAACGUGAAGAGGAUGAAUCAAAAAUACCUGGCGGCUGUGAGGCAGGUCAGGCUGGCUCUGGACAGCCAAUCAGACGCCUCCUCUGAAGGGAAGAGCAGGAUCAGCCAAUCAGAUGCCUCCUCUGAAGAGAAGAGCAGGAUCAGCCAAUCAGACGCCUCCUCUGAAGGGAAGAGCAAGAUCAGCCAAUCAGAUGCCUCCUCUGAAGGGAAGAGCAAGAUCAGCCAAUCAGAUGCCUCCUCUGAAGGGAAGAGCAAGAUCAGCCAAUCAGCUGCCUCCUCUGAAGGGGAAGAGCAGGAUCAGACAGCCAGGGGUCAAACACUGUGACCCGGGUCUUCAGAUCCCCUGAAAAGAACAAUUCAUUCAAAUAAAAAAACAAAAAGUUUAAACAA